AUGGCCAUGUCUUUUCAGAGCAUGGGGCUCGGCCUGUUGAUCAUCCUGAUGAUCUCAGGUCAAGCCCAUGCCUUUGGUGCUGGCAACAUUGCUUCCCUGUCCAAGAUUGAAGGAAUGAACUGGCGGCACGGAGACAUCGAGGAUGCACUGCUGUCUCUCGUCCUCGCCCGUGUGGCGGGAGGUCGCAAGUUCAGUAAGCUCGAUGUCAAGCGGGUCUACUUUGGCAACUGGCUCCGUGAUUACAGUCAAGCCGUGGACGUGGGCACGGUCAAGUAUGUCAGUGCCGAGGCCAUUCGCGUUCUCAUCUGGGUCUUGGGAUUUCUGACUUUCGGCUACGGCACCGCCGAGUUCGAGGUCACCACCGAGCGUCUGGGAUGCUAUCAACCCACCGAACACAUCGAUAACCCCCUGGGAUAUGCCGAGGGCGCAGAUGCGCGCCACUAUGACCGCCGUCUUCGUGGGCCAGUGGACGAAGAGCGAGAGUUAUCCAUUGAUACCCGAACUGGUCUCAAGAACUACAUCGCCUCGGAAGAUCUGGGUAUCGAUACAUCGGCUGCUUUGAUCCGUCGCACUCUUGGGGGUUCCGUUGAACUGGGCCGUCGCUAUGCUCGCUCCGGCAACAAAGAAGAUCUACACGAGGCCCUGCGCCUGCUCGGCACGGGCCUACACUGCCUGGAAGACUAUGCCGCCCACUCCAACUACACGGAGCUCAGCUUGAUCGAGCUGGGUGAGAGAGGUGUCUUUCCCCACGUGGGCCGCAACACCAUGGUGCAGAUUCACGGUGCGCAGGAAGAGGUCUACCCUAUCGUAACUGGCACCUUCGGAGGUGUCGACUUCUUCCACUCGGUGCUGGGUGAGUUUUCCGACAAGACCAAGCAGUCCGAGCUUCAGGAACUCGAGGGCGUGAUCGCCGACUCUCAGAACCAAGGCGAGACGCAGAGUAUGUUGCAGGAAUUGCUUGGCAAGAUUCCAAGCGGACUGAUCGGCAGCGGCGAUCAAGCCGGCAAGAUGGACGACUUCAAAAACCAGUCAAACCAGGCCCGUCAAGAUGCCCAAAACUUCCGCCCCCACGACCCGGAGGAGUGGGUUGAGUACGUGGACAACGUGCAAAAACAAAUCUACCCAGUGCUUCAGUGGCACGACGAGCUGCUGAAGAGCAUCAACGAGGCCAUCGAAAAGAUCCCCGUGCUGCCUGAUCUGAUUGAGAAUAUUCAAGACCAGAUCACCGUCUUUGUCUUUUCUGUGAUUGCACCCUACAUUCUGCCCAUCAUCUCCCAGGCCAAGGCCGAGCUCGAGACUGGUUCGUCCGAGGUCAUUCAGUCCAGUCGCGCCCAGCAACAUGUCGUCUUCAACGACGAUUAUUCCUCAAACCCCACGCACUCAAUGCUCUCCAAGGACCACUUCUCCAACGUCCUCAAUGAGCCUGCCGGUCGUAUUGCCUCGGAAGUGGUCAAAUGGACCGUGCCGCAACUUAUGCAGUGCUGGGACCACGAGGAUGCCGAUGUGGAUCGAACCCUGAACCGCAUCAUUUCCGGAGUCUUCCACCACCCGGCUCUCCGCCACUAUGGCGAUGACGGAGCGGCUGAUAUCCGCCAGAUCAUGUUCUCCACCGUGGAGAACUGGUGGAAUGAGAAGCACGAUCAUGAGCGCGAUGAGCUUCGAGACCAGCUUAGCCGUGACGGUGUCCGCCAGGGCCGCAACCACAAGGAAGGUGUUGAGGACUGCGGUCACGGCUGCGGCAAGCCUCUAUCUCUUCCUAAGCCUGAUAACUCGGGCCAGAGCGGUGCGAUGGGCGAUUGCGGAUAUGCAUAUACGGAAUCGGAAAGCAACCAGCAAUCCAGUGACAACGGGCUCGGCAAGCUUGCGUCUCAAGUGCUAGGAGGUGGAGCUCUCGGCGGUCUUGUCGGAGGUCUUGUCGGCAAGAUGGGCUCUAUGGCACUCGAGGGUAACUCUUCCGGAAACAGUGAGCAGCCUGGGUACGGUUCUGAGCAGGAAUACUCCCACGAGGAGCGCCCCUCGCACUCCGAGUAUGGCCGUCCCGCGUAUGGUUCUCAGCCGGAAUACUCCCACGAGGAGCGCCCCUCGCACUCCGAGUAUGGCCGUCCCGAGUACGGUAGCUCCCAGUUCCACGGCGAGCAACCGCCACCUCGAAAUGAUUACGUCCAGCAAGACUACCGCAGCGAGUAUGCGUCCGAGGUCCCUUACACACAGAGCUAUCGACGGGAGGAACACCAUGAAUCUCAUGGGGAUAAUAGCGGCUACUAUGAGCGACAAAGCCAUCAGACCUACGAGUCAGGAGAAAGCGAGUAUCGACGUACUGAGACCCGCUACGAGUACGAUGCGCCACAGCCGAGCUAUGAAACGAGGCAUCACACGAGCUACAACGGUGGAGCAGUGGUGGAGAGGUAA